AUGAAGAAGGAAGUAGAAGAGCUUCAAUCUCUGGGUGUGUCAGGUGUUUUCAAAGAAUCCUUCAACCUCAUAUUCACACGCCCAAAAAUCUUCACCCUAAUUUCUCUCUAUCUCCUCCUUCCUCUCUCCCUCAUCUUCCUCGCCCAUUUCCAUGUCUCCCAACUCAUCUUCUUCAACAUUCUCCAUAACCAAGCCUCCUUGCAUCGAGCUCCUCAAGAUUCCCAAACCCGCGCGAUCCUCUCUGAUAUUCUCUUCUCUCAAUGGACUUCCUUCUUCCUCCUCAAAUUCGCUUAUUUCACCUUCCUCUUGAGUCUCUCGCUUCUCUCCACUUCUACUGUUGUGUACACUGUCGCCUCCAUCUACGCUUCCGCCAAUGUCACUUUCAGGAAAGUCAUGGACGUCGUUUCCAAGGUUUGGAGCAAUCUUUUGAUAACUUUUAAUUGGAAUAUUGCGCUUGUUUUUGCCUAUAAUGUUGUUUCUGGGCUCUUGUUCAUCUUCUGGCUUUCCGUAAUUGGUUUCGAUGAUUCAUUGGGGCUUAUAAUUGGGGGGAUUCUCUUCCUGCUGUAUUUGAUUGGAUUUGUGUAUGUAACCAUAAUCUGGCAUUUGGCUAGUGUGAUUUCUGUGCUGGAAGAUAGUCACGGUAGACAAGCCAUGACUAAGGGCAAUGAAUUGAUGAAGGGGAAGAAGGGGACCUCCAUUGUUGUAUCCUGUGUGAUCUUGCUGUGCUUCCUGGGAAUUCAAUUAGGGUUUGAGAUUUUUGUUGUGAUUGGAUUGAGAGUGGGAAGGGAAGUGAGAAUUGGGGUUGCAAUUCUAGGCUUGAUAUGUCUUUUGAUGGUGAUACUGUUGGGUCUAGUUGUUCAAACUGUGCUCUAUUUCGUGUGCAAAUCUUACCACCAUGAACAUGUUGAUAAGUCAUCUUUGGCAGAUCAUCAUGGAGACUAUGUUCCUCUCAGAGCCAGAUAUGUUCAAUCACCAGAAAAUCCAGUUUAG